UGUGAAGUUGAGAGUUUUUGUUGUCAGCAACUACCGACGCUGUGAAAAUAACUGGACUUUGAACUGGCGUUUGAAGUGAACCGGGGGAAAAAACACCCUUUGGAUAUUACGGUAAUAUACUAUAAUGUAGACGUGACUAAAAUAACAGAAAUAAGAGAGAGGCUGUUCAAAACUGAUCCUUUAAAAGAUCACUUGCGGCGGGAAAUUUAAAAACAAUAGCUACAUUACUGAUGAACGUCAGAGUGAUUGACGUGUGUCAUCUGUGAAUAUCUCUGGGAAACGUGCACUAAUCGUUAUGUUGACGUCACUCUUACGGUAAGACUGUUGUUGACGCUUUAAUGGAGCCCCACAAUAUUAUUAUUAACCGUCUGAAGACAACCGACACCUCUGUUUGGACUGUCUUAUUAACGUUACAGAUGUAAAAGUGGAAAUGGAUUCUUGUGUGUCUGUGAUCAAUAACACACAUUUAAACGACUCUACGUCUAGUUCUGAUGCAGCAGAUGUUUUAAUUCAGUCAACCAGAGCUGCUUUGGGUGCCAGCAGAGAGGAAAAACAGCAUAUGAGUCAUAAUAAAGUUAAUAUUCACAUCAGGAGACUGACAGACUCUGAACAUGUUCAUUCUGUGGAUGAGAGAGAAAUCCCAUCUGUCCUCCCUGUGAAUAUCCUUUCAGCUGAAGAUACAGCUGGACCAGAUGAACAGCAGGCUGUUGGACCGUCAAAUACAUUUGCUAACCUUUUUGACAAAGCCUCCAGGAAAGAGAAAGGUGAAGCUCAAACUACAGUCAUGCAGACAGGAAACUUAAAGUCAAAAGGUGGAGAUGUACAGAUUUCUACAUACUCUGCUGAUGGGAGAGGAGCAGUAUCUGCAGCCCUCAGGAAGAGAUCCCAAAGCGCCCCUUUAAGACGAAAUGUGACAGUACAAGUGUUGGACCAAGACAGAUCUCAGACUCCAAGAGGCCAGUCAGAUCCUGCUUUUCCAUUAGGAGAUCCUGGGACUUCUGCAAGUGUGUCAGCUAUAACAGCUGCUACUACUGCUGCCACAGCGCCACUUGUCAAGGCUCAGAGAGAGAUGGAGGCUCAGAUCGCACUGGUAACUGCCGAGCUGAGGAGGUUGCAGGCAGCAGAGGGCAGUGUCAGGACUGAGAACACUUCUGCUGGGAGAGCGGCCCAUCUGGAAGAGCAACUUAACAUUCUGAUCCAGCAGAGACUGCAACAUCUGGAGACAAUUCAGUGUCAGCAGAUUCAACUGCAGAAUCGUCUCUUGGGCUCGGCUCUGGAUGUCGUAGCAGCUCGUGCUAACCCAGACUCCUCUGGAAUCACCCAGACAGACUCUCUGCCAGUUCAGAUCUCUGGGAGUCGCAGCAUCAGGCUCUUUUCCCCUGAUCAAACCUCUGCUAGAAGCCCAGGCUUCGUCUCAAAGGAUGUGCGCCGAGAGAAACAAGCAGGUGUGCAUAUAAGCCCCCUGGACACCCCCGCACCACGGAAGGUCAUUCCUAAACCCACCCACUGGACAUCAUCAACAAGCACUGUCAAACCUCAAAGAUCCUCUCUCAAAAACAAAGGAAAUGGCAGACUUCAGGACCAGAGCCCUAAUAACCGGAGGUCUCCCGAGAGAUACGUUGUGCAGUCUGUUGGGGUAAAGAGGUUCGCCAUGGCAACAGCCGACAACGGCCAACCAGAGCGGUCCAGGACAAGCCAGACGCCACCUGAAGCAUCUGCUGUUCUUACAGAAGAACCAGCUUUCAUGAAUCCACAGAACGAACAGGAGAACCAAGGAGAACAUAUACAUGUGGCGUCGUCCAGCUCGGUCGUGCAAAGAGCCAAUCAGAUGCUGCAGGAUCUGGGGCAGAUUAAAAAUGAGAUGAGGAGUCUAAUGCAGACUGCUGAUGCGUUUCCUGUGCAGAAUGCCAAGUCGACCCAGAUCAGCAGGAGCAGCCAUCUCGCCCCCUCCGCCACGGCCCCGCCUCCGCCUCCUUCCACAACCCCCGUCUCCAUGCCCCCAGAGCCGGUUGAUGUGAUUGCCGUCAGGGCUGCUCCUUUAAACAGACCCAGCAUUCUGAAGAGCAUCCGGCCGCCCACAUCCAUGUUUGAGGAUGCAGGACUGGUCCUGAGGCAGGUCAGGCAGAGCAGGAAGGUUCUAGAGGAAAACCUGGAAGCCAUUUUGAGAGCCAAGGAUGGAGAAGUACUUCACAAGCAGUUAGAGGCACUGUCGAAAAACAGAGAUGUCCAUGAAGAGCUGAGGAUAAAGAAGACAGUUGAUGCGUGGAUCAAUACACUCAGCAAGGAGAUUCAGGAUGAUCUGGCGAGGGAGAACUCCGAGAGGAGAGAUGCUGCAGUCGCUAAAGUGGUGCAGCAGGACCAGAGGAGUACGAGUGGACGUGGAGGAAGAGGAAGAGGAAGAGGGGGAGGUGAAACCUCUGCGGCAGAAAAGAAAACCUCUCUGAGAGGCUUAGUGAGAACACAAGCCGAAAGCACACUGGCACACAGCAAACAACCCACUCUGUCUGUUAGAACCAGACCUGAAGGGAAGCAAGAGACGUCGGUUGUGCUUAAAUCUCAGAAUGAUCAAGAGUAUCUGACCAGACUGUAUGGAAAAGCUCUUUAUGAGGGUCAUCGACGCACACUCAAAAAAAGCCCUUACCUUCGAUUCAACUCGCCCUCACCGAAAUCCAAACCUCAGCGACCUAAAAUAGUAGAGACCGUCAAAGGGGUGAAGAUGAAGUCAUCUAAAACCCAAACUAGCCAGUUUGUGGAUGGUGUUCCUGCCCUGCAGCCUUCAGUCUCUGAGCCCCAUUUCCUGUUCAGCCCCAGUGAUCCUGCCCAACAGCAGCAGCCUGGGUCUCCAGUGCGAGGUUACCUCAUUCCCAUGGCAAUACCUUUAGGUAAGCCUAGAGUGGACGGCCAGGCCCCAAUGCCUUCACGGGUCGUCAUUAGCGAUAAACCAGCAAUCGUGACAACGUCCUUCCCUCCCGUUACCAUUUCUGAACCCAAGACUGCUCCUGCUAUUCGGAAACCCAACACCAUCUUAGUGGAGGUCCAGUCAGAACCGAAGAAACGGACUCCACAGCUCAAAAUACAGGUCCAGCCUGGUGUGAACAUUGAGAGUUGUCUAUGCAGCAGUCCAGCCGAAACCGAAACCAUCCUUCCUCCACCUUCGAUUCACGCCGCAGAGGAACCGCACACUGGAGAAGAUCAGGAGGAAAAUGUCUUUCCCGGAACCAAUUUCUUGGCCGUAGCUGACAUCAGCCAGGAAACACACUGUGGACUUCCAGACUCCCCUAUAGAGCUCGACGGGCUUCCGUCUCCUCCAGCUGCUCUGUAUCACGGCCCAGCGUUUCCUCCACAGCCUUCCCAGUCGACCCAUCUCACCGAGCCCAUCCUGAGCACCAUCCAGCAGAGAGAGACCCUGGAGAACAGGCUGGUGGAUUGGGUGGAGCAACAGCUCAUGGCCAGAAUGAUCACUGGAAUGUUCCCUCAGCCCGUCCAGACUGAUCCUGCCAGCCAAUCAGAACCGGAGAAUAGUGUGACAUCAGACAUUGUGGAGGCUGCAGGCGGUGGUGGUCUUCAGUUGUUUGUGGACACAGGUGUACCAGUGGACUCUGAGCUCAUAAGACAAUGUGUAAAUGAAGUGCUGGCUGAAACCAUUGCUGUAAUGCUGGGACAGAGAGAGACAGAGAGAGAGCUUGCUGCCCCUGUCCAAACACAGGGUACUCAGGAGGAGGUUACUACGGUACCAACACCGGCACCCACUCCUGAGCCCAGCUUGAAAGAGCCGCCAUCUCCUGUCAGAACUCCUGAUCUCUCCGAACAUCUUUCUACAGCUCUGUCUCCCAAGAAAAAACAUCAGGAAUCUGCUUCACCAGUACCAGAUAGAAUUCCUGUGGGCACACCGAAUACCACACCAAUCCCAUCUCCCAUCAGGGUGGACACACCCUCUCCUCCUCCAGCCAAUCAGAGCCCAGAGUCAGCCACCCUGCAGCAUCACCCAUGGGGAGGAACAGAGCUCCCCCUGGAGGAGGAAGAACUGCAUAGCGAGAAGCAGGAACAACAGCCAGAAUCUGUUGUGAUGUCAGUAGCCCAAGAUGACGAUGCAGAAGAACCCGUCAUCCCUUCAUCUUCUCCUCUCCCCUCCAAACCAGCAGCUCUCCCACCUCCUCUUCCUCCUGCCGCCACCCCUGACUCCUCUUCAUCCUCCUCCUCCUCCUCAGAGGAGAGCAGCACUAGUUCCAGUGCGACUGUCACUGAGACUGAGAUGCCAGCCAGACACAUCUCAGAGGGAGAGCUGCUGCUCACUCACGGCCAGAUGGCAGCAGUCAAAGUUCUGGAACAGGAAGGAGUCCUUCUGCCUAAUUUGAUUACCAGCCUGAACAGCUCCCUGCAUGGAGUCCAAGACAUGGAUUAUGAUCCGCCCAGUGAGGGUCAGGUGAUUAGAGCUCCACGCCUCCUUGCUCAUCAUGAUCCCGUCCUGUCUCUGUUGGCCAGGAUGGAACGUGGCGUUGUUAACCAAUCACAGCAGCCAGAGAGAUGGUGGGAGGAGGAGAGCAGUGGAGAGGUCAGUGAGGGUCAGAGACCUCUGCUGACGGCCACACAGCAGAGUGUGAUGACCGGACACUCGCUCAUAGAUCAGCAGAGACACACACACUCCAGAACCACAGAGAUCUCACCUCACUCUACGCUCAUGUCACCUGGACAAGUGCUCGCUGAAGUCACGGGUGCAGUGGUUGAGGACAGUGGGCUGUCAGUCAACGCCAGGUCAUCGGAGGAACAGAAAGAAGCUGAGGUUUAUCACGUGAUGACUGUCUCCUCCCCUCAGCUACAGGACACAGAACAUCUGAGGUCCCAGACAGAACAGGCGAUUCAUGGACCUGCACCAAUCCUGGUGAGGCAGUACGAAGACAAAGAGGAACCAGAGUUCCCGCAGCUGAGAAGACUUUCAGAUGACGCGUUUUUUGGGGACAACGAGAAAGGUGAAGACAUUUUUCUGCACGCAGACGGAGGAGGAAGUGAUGUCAGAGUGAUGUCAGUGAGGCUGCCCUCUUCCAAACAAGAUCAAGAGUCUGUCAGCCUCAGCUCUGUUGAAGGAGAUACAGACUCUUCUGCUAAUGAUGUGUUUUAAGAGCGAAGACCCUGUGAAACCUCUCUGACAGGAAACUGCUAAGUGCUUGAAAGGAAUGAAAUGUUCUUGAUGUUCUAAAUUAUUAACAUUACAUCCUAACACAGUUGGAUGACAAGAGACAAAAUGAACUUUUUUCUUAUCUCUUAUCAUCACUUAGCAUCACUGGUAAAUAAAACCGUAUGUAUUGUAAUUGUACACUUUUUAUACCAAUAAAUUUUAAACACAACUUUUUAAUUUCA